AUUUCAGCGGGGAGUGUCUCGGAUCCUGGGAGGAAGUGAAUGAUUCGCGUUUGUACUUGACUAGGAGAAAUCAUAUUGUUGGGGAAAUUAAGCGUGUAUCCACCGAAUUUUAGCCGAUAAAUGAGAUUAAACCGGUGGACGUACGUCUUCUGUCACGGUAUGGUUUAAAAGGAUACUCGUUUUUGGACUCAGAACUUCAUAGCUUUGGAUCAACUUACGUUCACAGGAGGUUGGAGGAGGACACACUUUGCUAUUGUUCCAGCACACACGAGAGUGUGUGUGUGUUUUUGUGUAUGUGUGUAUUAAACUGCCCUUUGGCUUUAUGGCUACGAAUUUGGAACCUAUUUAUGGACUCUCAGAGGAUGAAAAUGAAUCUCGUAUUCUUCGUGUCAAGGUCAUUGCUGGCAUUGAUCUGGCGAAGAAGGACAUCAUUGGUGCCAGUGAUCCAUACGUCAAACUCUCCCUGUAUGUCACUGAUGAAAACCGUGAGCUUGCCUUAGUACAAACGAAAACCAUCAAAAAGACUCUCAAUCCUAAAUGGAAUGAAGAAUUCUAUUUCAGAGUCUGCCCACAGAACCACAGGCUUCUUUUUGAGGUGUUUGAUGAAAACCGCCUGACCAGAGAUGACUUCCUCGGACAGGUUGACGUGCCUCUUACCCAUUUACCGUACAUUGAUUCAGACAAUAAAAUCUCUCACUUACUCUUCUGUCUCACACUUUGUUCUUCUCAGGGUUGGGAAGUGACAGACUCCACUGAUCCAGGUUCACCGAGACCUCAGCAGCUCCUACCUCCGCUGCCUCAGGGCUGGGAAGAGAAGGUCGAUAACCUGGGACGGACAUACUAUGUCAACCACAACAACCGCACCACACAGUGGAAGAGGCCCAGUAGUGUAGAUGUGGUUUCAGAAACGGAAAAUGAUAAUAACUUACGGCAUAUUAACCAAGAAGCCCACAGAGUUUUCCGCUCUCGACGGCACAUUAGCGAAGAUCUGGAAAAUGAGCAGCUGGACAUCAGGGACAUAGAUGAUUCAUGGGAACCCAUAUCAGAGGAGGACCCAACUUUAAUGGCAGAAGGUCUAAACCAUUCUCUGCCCGGACCCUCCUCUUUGGCGAUGCCCCUCUCCAGCACUCCAGGAUUUUCAGAUGAAAUCAGCCUUAGAUUGUCUCUCACUCCAGACAUGAACGGAGAAAUCCCAGGACCCAGCUCUGCUGUGCAAAGUCAUCUUUCCUCUCGGCUACGCUCCUGUAGUAUGACUGAUGGAGUCAGUGAUCAAGCUCCCACACCGACGGGCGAUUGCCUGCCCCAUCUAAAAGCAGCUGUUAUUGCCCAGCAGAGCUCCCAGACCCGACGAACAAGAGCACAAACGGUCACAGGCGUUGAGGACACCAUGUCUCCAUCGGCUUCCUACGCCUUGACCACACCAGGCCUUCCGCCAGGCUGGGAGGAACGCAGAGACCCCAAGGGACGAACAUACUACGUCAACCACAACAACCGUAGCACCACCUGGACGCGGCCCAUUCUGCAGCAGCACACUGAAGAUGGAGCCAGUACCUCAGCUGCGGCAGCAGGAGGCGCUACAGCUGCCACAACCCCCACUUCCACCCCUUCCUCCUCCAGCGGCCAUCUAAGCGAACCACAAGUGCGAAGAGCCCGUAGCCUCAGUUCCCCCACUGUCACUCUCUCUUCCUCUCUAGAGGGAGCCAAUAACGCCCAGAUACGGCGAGCCGUAAAGGACACGCUUUCCAACCCUCAGUCCCCGCAGCCGUCUCCCUACAGCUCACCCAAAUCCCAACAUAAAGUAAACCAGAGCUUUCUGCCCCCCGGAUGGGAAAUGAGAAGUGCACCGAAUGGACGGCCGUUCUUUAUCGACCACAACAGCAGAACCACCACAUGGGAAGAUCCUCGCUUAAAGUAUCCUGUUCACAUGAGGACAAAAGCAUCCCUGGACCCUGGCGACCUCGGCCCACUUCUUCCUGGGUGGGAGGAACGAGUGCAUGCAGACGGAAGAACCUUUUACAUCGACCAUAACACCAAAAAAACCCAGUGGGAAGACCCUCGCCUCCAGAGUCCUGCCAUAACUGGACCUGCGGUGCCAUAUUCCAGAGAAUUCAAGCAGAAGUAUGACUACUUCAGAAAGAAGUUAAAGAAGCCGGCAGAUAUUCCGAACCGUUUUGAAAUGAAGCUGCACAGGAAUAACAUCUUGGAGGAGUCGUACAGACGCAUCAUGUCCCUGAAGAAACCCGACAAUCUGAAGGCCCGUCUGUGGAUCGAGUUUGAAUCAGAGAAAGGCCUGGACUAUGGGGGCGUGGCCAGAGAAUGGUUCUUCCUGCUCUCCAAGGAGAUGUUUAACCCUUAUUAUGGGCUGUUUGAGUACUCGGCCACAGAUAACUACACCCUUCAGAUCAAUUCAAACUCUGGCCUCUGUAAUGAGGAUCACCUCUCAUACUUCAAGUUCAUCGGUCGGGUGGCAGGCAUGGCUGUUUAUCACGGAAAGCUGUUAGAUGGUUUCUUCAUCAGACCGUUCUAUAAAAUGAUGCUGGGCAAACAGAUCACACUGAAUGAUAUGGAGUCAGUGGACAGUGAAUACUACAACUCUCUCAAGUGGAUUCUGGAAAACGACCCCACAGAACUGGACUUGCGGUUCGCAAUUGAUGAGGACAACUUUGGACAGACAUAUCAGGUGGAUUUAAAGCCAAGCGGAUCAGAGAUGGUUAUAACCAAUGACAACAAAAAAGAAUACAUCGACCUGGUGAUUCAGUGGCGGUUUGUGAACCGGGUCCAGAAACAGAUGAAUGCCUUUUUGGAGGGCUUCACCGAACUCAUUACUAUCGACUUGAUAAAGAUUUUUGAUGAAAACGAACUGGAGCUGCUCAUGUGUGGUCUGGGUGACGUGGAUGUCAAUGACUGGAGGCAGCACACCGUCUAUAAGAAUGGCUUCUGUCCUAAUCACCCUGUAAUCCAGUGGUUCUGGAAGGCCGUGUUGUUAAUGGAUGCCGAAAAGCGGAUCCGACUUUUGCAGUUUGUCACUGGAACAUCCAGAGUGCCAAUGAACGGCUUUGCUGAACUCUACGGCUCCAAUGGGCCGCAGUUGUUUACUAUCGAGCAGUGGGGGACACCUGACAAACUCCCUCGUGCUCACACCUGCUUUAAUCGUCUGGACCUCCCGAUGUACGAGUCGUUUGAAGACCUGCGAGAGAAGCUUCUGAUGGCGGUGGAAAACGCUCAAGGCUUCGAGGGCGUCGACUAAAGAAAUCCCUCUACAUCCACACGAUCUCCUAAUGCAACCGAUGAGCAAAGACAUGUACAACACUCACACACUCACGUCUAUAUUUACAUAUACACACUCUCGAGUUGCCAUUGUACAGCCGGAUCCCAGCGGUUGCAGGUGUGUGAUGUCAGCACAGUAUAUGCAUGUGAUCUGUCUUGCUGGAACAGCAUUGGCAGUGAACCCGUUUGAAUGCCAAACAACCCUCCAGUAUCCCACAAAUCAUGCUCUCUCCUAACACGUUUAAUUUUAAAAUACCAACUCUGAAGCCGUGGUAACUUUUAUACUGAUGGUGAAUAAGGAAUGUCAGUAUUGGGGUGUGGCUUCAGAGUGGGGGUAGCCUUAAUACAGCAUUAAAAAAAAUUCCCAUUUUUGUAUUAAUUUCACAAACAUAAUAUAAGUUCAGUGGAGAGGCAACAAUUAACUCUCUUAUCAGGUCUUACUUACACCAGAUAACCUUAGGAAUCACAGCCAGGAUGAAGGGUGCAUCCUCUUCCUCCCUUAUCCCGCAAGUAUGCCAAGUUCCCCCUUCCUUCCUUCCUUCC